AUGUCGAACAAGUUCCACUGCGAUGUUUGUUCUUCGGAUUGCACCAAUAGGGUUAGGAUUUCGUGCGCAAUCUGCCCUGAAUAUGAUCUCUGUGUGCCAUGUUUUUCCCAGGGUCUUUACAACGGCAAUCAUAGACCAUUCCAUGAUUAUCGAAUAAUAGAAACGAACUCUUAUCCUAUAUUAUGUGAAGAUUGGGGCGCGGAUGAAGAGCUGGCCUUAAUUAAGGGAGCACAGACUUUAGGGCUAGGUAAUUGGCAAGAUAUUGCCGAUCACAUUGGCAGCCGUGAUAAAGAAGAAGUCGAUGAACACUAUCGGAAGUAUUACCUCGAAAGUCCCUAUUAUCCAAUUCCUGACAUAACAAAAGACAUCAAGAUCUCACAACAAGAGUUUUUGGAGAAUAGAAAAAAGCGGAUCGAGCGGUUCAGGGAGAAGCCACUGCAGCCGCCGCGUAAACCAAUGGCAUCGGUGCCCAGUUGCCAUGAAGUUCAAGGUUUCAUGCCAGGCAGACUUGAAUUCGAAACAGAAUUUGAAAAUGAGGCAGAGGGGCCCGUUAAAGACAUGGUUUUUGAUCCGGACGACCAGCCACUUGAUAUCGAGGUCAAGCUCACAAUCCUUGACAUAUACAAUUCUAGACUUACCACGAGGGCCGAGAAGAAGCGUAUCCUGUUUGAGCACAGCUUAAUGGAAUAUCGCAAAUUGCAGGGUAUAGACAAAAAAAGGAGUAAAGAAGCGAAAGACCUAUAUAAUAAAAUUAAAGCCUUCGCACGCAUCAUGACGCCACAAGAUUUCGAGGAUUUUAGUAAAGACAUUUUGGAAGAACUGCGAUGCAGGUCGAGAAUUCAUCAAUUACAAGAAUGGAGAAGCAACGGAAUUACGACGCUUGAAGCUGGUCUUAAAUACGAGCGUGACAAACAAGCAAGGAUCAUGACCCUAGAGAGAUUUGGGAGCUCUUUAUAUGCCAAUUCCAAUGGUAACGGUUCGAGCCGCUAUAGAGCAACAUCGGCCCACAGGGCCAAUGCCGACUAUGGACAAAGCUAUAAUGAGACUGUUAACAGGAGAAAGACGAUGACGAUAAGUGAUAUUCAACAUGGAGCAGACUACGGGCUUUUGUCUCCCGAGGAACAGCAACUCUGCAUUCAACUGAAAAUUCUUCCUAAGCCUUAUUUGGCAAUCAAGGAAGUCAUGUUCAGAGAACUCUUACGUACAGGUGGCAUGCUCAAGAAAAAGGCGUGUCGCGACUUGUUGAACAUUGAUCCAGCCAAGGCAAACAAGGUUUAUGACUUCUUUCAUGCCCAGAGAUGGCUUUGA